AUGGUAGUUUUGGAAGGUGAUGGAGAUGCAGCAACUAUGACACCCGAAGAUGUUGAAAAGUCAGAACCGAAGAUAACCAAUCCACUUUCGUUAGAAAUAUUCCGCAUUAUCAAAGAUGCCCAACAGCAACAUGGUCUCCGUCAUGGAGAUUUUCAGAGAUACAGAGGGUUUUGCUCUAGAAGACUAAGACGUUUAAGGAAAGUUCUCAAAAUACCCCAGGGAGAUAGACGUCAUUACCGUAGACGUGAUGUCACAUCCACUCAUUUGACAUCAUCUAAUUCUGAAAAUCGCCUCUUAUGUGUGCCCUUAUUACAAGCUGAAAGGGCAUGGGCUCAUGCUAUGCAACUGAGACAGGAAGCCAAUACAGAACCAAGGAAGAAAUUUCAUCUUAUAUCUCGCUUGAAGAAAGCAUGCUCGCAUGCUCAUCUGCUUUUGCAGCUCUGUGAGGAAAGUGGUGUAUGUGAUGCUCGUACGCAAUUGGAGGCUGGUGCCUAUGCAGCAUGGUUAAGUGGAGCAUUGCUUGUAGAGCUGCAACAGUGGAGACCAGCUGCUGAGAGCCUUAAACGAGCUCAAAUAGUUCUUGAGAACCUUUGUGCUGCUCUACCAGAGGAUGAAAGAAUUAUUUAUAAGCAAAAGGUAGAAGAAUUAAACCCAAGUCUCCGUUAUUGCGCAUAUAACAUUGGAGACGAAUCGGCAGCCGGGGAUUUGUUAGCGAUGCGUGGACAAGGGCUUAUUGAGAACUUGGACUCGCUCAUGGCUCAAGCCAAAGAGUCACGCUCUGGUGUAAUGCAUGAAGUAGAAUGGCGCGGACGACGAGUCACCGUUCGUCCCGAGAAAGUUCGUCUCUUUCUGAUAGCUCUUCAAGACAUGGACAAAUCCAUCGCCAACGCCACCACGGCUCAAGCCAAGAUCGACAUCCUUGAGAACAUCCUAAUGGAUUGCAAGGACGCCAUUUCGGCCAUCAAAGACGAAAUCAAGAACGAUCCCAAACUAAAAACCGCUUCCGAAACCCAAAUGUCCAGCAUCAACUAUCUUCUCUCCUACUUGAUGUAUCUCCGUCUCGCUCGCACUAUCGAGAGGAACAACCUCAUGAUCCAACAAGCUGAAGAAGCCAGAAAGAAUAACGCUCCAAUUGAUGGAAAGAAGGUCCGUCCUCAGGAUUUGACAAGGCUCUACGAAAUCAUCCUCCAGAACUACACUGAACUCCAGCAAUUACCAGGAUUCGAAAACGAUAGCGCAUACCAACAGGAGAUCGAGACUCAAGUCAAAGCCUAUAAGGCAUUCCGCUGUUAUUACAUAGCUCAAGUUUUGACUGGACUCAGGCGUUUCAGGGAAGCUCUCGCUAUGUUGGAGAGAUGCAGCAGCUACACCGCAGACUCGAUCAAGAACAAGCAUCAAGAGAAGCAAAUAUUGGAAAAGCUACGCGUUCUGGAGAAGGACAUUGAGAGCUGCAAGUUCGAAGUGCAUGCGGAUUCAGUUCUAGAAGACGAAGAAGAUGAGGACAAGUACGUAGGAAAGGCAUACAAGGACAAGAAGCCGUUGGUCGAUCGUUUGGAUGAUUAUCGCGAGGACACGCAAGUUCUCACAAAAAAUCCAAACAUAUACAAACUGCCUCCUCCAAUGGAAGCUGUUCCAUGUAAACCGCUCUUCUUUGACCUCGCGUGUAACUUCAUAGAGUUCCCCAAUUUGGACGAUAAAACCGGAGUCGCCAAUAAAAAACAAGGGGCUGGUAUCACUGGCUUGGUCAAAGGUUUUCUGGGAUGGGGUAAGGGCGGUCAGUAA